UGAAAAUUUGGACAGCGAUCUGAGAUCAAAGAUGGCGGGCGCCUCCGACCCUCUGGAAGAUAUGCUCUUCUCCGAGGUGGACGAAAAAGCAGUUAGCGACUUAGUGGGCUCACUUGAGUCGCAGCUUGUGGCCCAGAGCAACCCAACAGGUUCCCAUACUGAAACUAGGAGUGCUGAGUCUACAGGCGCUGCCAAUCACCACUUAGGAAGAAUACAACCUGCCCAAGUGGGUACUGUACUAGAUCAGCAACAACAACAAGGACAACAUAAAGCUGGGGUAAAUCAAGAGCCAAACUCUAAAGAAAUUAGCUCCGAGAAAACUGUGAUGCCGUCUUCUCUCAGUUCCAUUCCGCCAUUCGAAGAAGGUUCCAUCACUUCUGGGACUGGAGUGAAUGCCAGUAGCGGCUUGCAAUCACAUGGAGCAUCUAACAUCACAACACUGUCUGCAUCUGGUCUGGUAACUUUACCACAUCCGAUGGACAGCAUCAGUCCUGCGAAUAGAGAUUCUGUCGUGGGUUCAGGAGGGACAGAUACUGUAACGACAGAGACCGAUCCUCAGAAAAGUCACAUCACUUCGAACAUAAGGACUGCUUCCACAGGAAUACAGAGUUUGAACGGGAACGAUGGAGCGGUGACGUUAGCUAACUGUCCGACAAAUACUGCUGUUCCGGCGGCUGUUGCGGCUUUUCAACCCGGAUCUGGAACUUUACCGUUGGCUGACAACGAUAACACAGUUGUUAGCAGUGCCAGUGCAGUCAGCGCCAGUCUGAACGUGGUUCAGACUGCGAACGCCACCACUUUUAAUGUAGCUCAUACUGAUUUCCAUACAUCGCACGCCGCGAUUAAUCUGGAUGGGCGAGGGACUCCUACAAUAGCCCUGCAAAGACUACCGAGCCACAUCAUGGCUAGCAUCGCACAGAAUGGAAAUGGCACUACACUUUCGGCAUUGGUCCAGCAAGGCGCACGGCUAGGUCUCCCCGCCGCUGCAGCAACCCCGCUAGUCAACCACAGCACAAGCGCAGAUGCCAAUAAUCCGAAAUCAGACUCUCCCGUGCAGUCAAAAAUAAUCAUGUCGAGCCAGCCUACCGUUGUCAGUUCUACAACCAAUCCUGUCACGUCGUCAGCUCCUGUUGUUAACCCUCCUUCGAGUCAGCAGCAGAGUUCUGUAGCCAGCUCGUUACCUGCCGCCAGCAGCCCCGUCCCUCUCACUGCUAUAUCGAAACCGACUGUCACUUUAGGGCAACAAACGGCCACUACCGUUGGCAUGAUAAGGCCUGGGACGCCUUCGCCGUCACCCAUAAUGGCCACUUCUCCCCAGCCCCAACAACUUCGCCCUGGAUUGGGGACUCCUCAGAGAAUUGUGGCACCUCAGCUGCUUGUCAGACCCCCACAGCAGCAAACCACCAUACAACUUCCACCCGGAUUUACCAUACCGCCGGGCAUGGUGCUGGUGCGCACCGAGAUGGGGCAGCUGGUGAUGGUCCCCCAGCAGGCUCUGGCUCAGGCUCAGGCUCAGGCGCAGGCCCAGAACAGCAUCUCCCCCCGACCUGCGACCCCCACCACCGGGGCCACAUUCAGAGUGACCACCACUCAGUCUCCCGUGUCCCCGCAGGCCAUCCGGCCGGGCCCUCCGGUGCAGGCCAAGGUUGCUCAGUCCGGCUCCCCCGCCGGCAGCCCCGCCCUCCAGGCCCCGCCCGCGGCCUCCACCAAGGCAGCAGUGACCGGGGGCCCGGUGGCCGCCGCGGUGGCGGUGACGGUGACGGCUUCGCAGCAGCCCUCCACGGUGAUCGCGGGGGGGCAGACCACCCCCCAGGCCCAGCCCCAGACCGCCCUGCCCCCCCAGACGGCAGCGGCAGCCGUCCCCGCGUCCCCCGUCCCAGGAGUCUCUGUUAUUUCCCAGGAGAUGCAAGAAAACGUAAAGAAAUGCAAGAACUUCCUGGCCACACUCAUCAAACUUGCUUCCCACAACUCGCCAUCUCCAGAGACUUCUCGAAACGUGAAGGCCCUGGUCCAGGACCUGCUGGAUGCCAAGAUUGAACCUGAGGAAUUCACCAACCGCCUGCAGUCGGAGCUCAAGUCCUCUCCCCAGCCCUACCUGGUGCCCUUUCUCAAGAAAAGCCUGCCUGCCCUGAGGCUGUCGCUGCUCAACAGCCAGCAGUCGCUGACGCAGCCCCUGCAGCAGGCCAAGCCCGCCCCCCCCGGGGGGGCCGCCCCCGCCCCCGGCCUCGUCCCCGGGCCCACCGUCCGGGCGCGCCACCCCAACAGCGUCAGCGCCACGGUUUCCGGCGCCCUCCCCGGGCAUGGCUCCGCCGUGGGCAUCAAGAGAGCAGGUGUUCAGGGCAGCCAGGUCCGUAUGCCAAUGGUGAUCACGCAGACUGUCAGAGGCGCAGUUGGGAAGGGACCAACAAUACAAGCAAGCAGAAGUCCCAUGGGCUUCGCUGUUCAGGUCUCCGCAAAUCAGAAAAACAAGCUGAACGACCCUGGAGGCGGAUCUUUCAGGGACGAUGAUGACAUCAAUGACGUGGCGUCCAUGGCGGGGGUGAACCUGAACGAGGAGAGCGCCCGCAUCCUGGCCACCAACUCUGACCUGGUGGGGACCCAGAUCCGCUCCUGCAGGGACGAGACCUUCCUGCCCACGGGACUGCUGCACAAACGCAUCCUGGAGACAGCGAAGAAGUUCGGCGUCACCGAGGUCCCGGUGGAAGCUGUCAACUUGAUCUCGCACGCGACGCAGACGAGGCUACGGACGGUGCUGGAGAAGGUGUCCACCAUCGCGCAGCACCGAAUGGAAACGUGCAAAGAUGAUGAGUGGUACGAGCAGUCGACGGACGUGCGGUCGCAGCUGAAGUUCUUUGAGCAGCUGGAGAGGAUGGAGAAGCAGAGAAAGGAAGAGCAGGAGAGAGAGAUCCUGCUGAAGGCUGCAAAAAGUCGCUCCAGGCAAGAGGACCCAGAGCAAGCUCGGCUGAAGCAGAAAGCUAAGGAGAUGCAGCAGCAGGAGCUGGCGCAGAUGAGGCAGCGAGACGCUAACCUGACGGCGCUGGCUGCCAUCGGGCCCCGGAAGAAGCGCAAGCUGGACUCCCCCGGGGCCACACCGUCAGGGACCGAGGUUUCGGGGACCUCCGUGGGCUCGCCGGCGGGCUCCGGGGCCCCCUCCACCUCCUCGCGCCAGUACUCCCGGCACCGCAUCACGCGCGUCAACCUCAGGGACUUCAUCUUCUACAUGGAGCAGGAGAGAGAGACGGCCCGCUCGCUCCUGCUCUACCGGGCCCUGCUCAAGUAGCGGCCCCCGGCCCCCGGCCCCGGCACUCUGCUCUUACGGCCUCUCUUCCCAGCACUUCACCCUUUCCCCCCUCCCCUCUCUCAUUUCAUCUCCUCUCUCUCCUUUCCUCCUUCUCUCUUAUCUUUCUCUAUCCUUCUCAUUCUCCCUCUGUCUGCACCUCCAUUGAUCUCCCUUCUGUCUUUCUCUUUUUCCCCUCCUCUCCCUUCCUCUUCAUCUCUUUCCAUAUCUCCUCCUCACCUCACUCUCUCUCCCUGUCUCUCUCAUUUCCUCUCCUCUCUCUCCCUCUCAUCCUCGCCAUCCUCCUCUCCCUGCCUCUUCAUCUCUUUUCGUAUCUCCCCCUCACUCUCUCUCCCUGUCUUUCUCUCUAACCCCCCCCCCCCCCCUCGCUCUCCAUCUCACCCCCCCUUUCUCUCCUGCAACGUGCCUUCAGUCGAGCCCCAUUGCUUCGGCUCAGCGUCUCUGUCGUGACCUUAAAAUCACUUUUUUUAAAAAGAGAAAAGAAAAAAAACGAUUGUGUCUCUCUCCAUUGUUUUAUCUCCAGAAUAAAACGCAUUCUGUGUAACUAUAUGUUCGGGAUGUCAAAGAAGGCCAUGUAAAGUGUGGGUUUGAGACUGGGAAGGACUUCAUGAAGGAACCGUGUGUGUAAGUGUUGGUGUCCAAGACAGAACUUACACACAUAGGUUGGGUCUCCCAUUACAUUUCACGCCACCUUACUCGGUGGUUUUUACUGAAUGGAAAUUCUCAAAGUGAAGGAUAACUUACUGCAUAGUUGUUUAAAGUAAGAUUUCAUGCUGUGAUACAAGUUUUAGUAAUGGGGAUGUGAUGGGCUCAGUUUCGGAGUUAAAAGUAUUAAAAAUGAAUGAACUCUCAGCAUUUCUCAGCAUUUUCGUAUCUGCAUUGUUUAAUAAUAAAUUACUCAGCAUUACAUGACACAGACACUGAGUGCAGUUAAAUGUAAAUAGUUAAAAAAAUGGUUUUGAACAGCAUGUAAAAUAUUUUUUAACAGCCUAUUGGAUAAUUUAGCAAGAGUAAUCUUUGAAAACCAUUUGUGAAUGUCAAACUGUCGUUCUGUAAAAUCAGUAAACGUUGAAUUUCUUCAUGGUCAGGAGACACUUUGAUUUAAAUGUAAACUUUGUGUUAAUAUGGCAUAUUUCUUCUGAUACUAUUGAAUGUGUCCAAGAGCUGUCUGAAAACAGUAAAAUAUACCCUUCUAAGUUGGGUGUGGCAAUCGAGUACACUUUCUCCUCGUCAUGGUAAAAGCUCUUCAAAAUAGAUUACUGUAUGAGGAUAACAAAGAUAUGCUCAAUAUUUUCUCAUUUAAUUACAAUAUUUUACCACGUUGUAUAUUGUGAUUGCUCCAUUAAGCGUCCAAUUCAGGGAAUAGGCAAACAUCCUCAGCCGUGUCCCUGAAUCGCCAUGAAGACAGCGAUGAAGAUGAGGACUGUGAGGGUACAGUCAUAUAAAGAGCCCAAACUCAAUUUAUGUUAAACUUUGGUCAACUGCAUUUCAUCACAGACCUGUUGAAGGCAGUGCAGAUGUUCCUUCAGCAGUUGUUGGGGAAGUUGUGUGCAAUUAAAUAUUACCGGUUUUACUGUCCUCAGCUUGGAUUUAGUCCUUAACUUUUGCCUGUAACUUAACACAGCUGGCGAGGUAAUUUUGGGGAUUUAUGAAAUCACCAAGCAAAAGCUAGCAUUUGCAUUGAAAUUUUUAUUCAGACUGAAACACAAACGGGCUGAAUCCAAGUCCUAGAGUAUGGAGUCCUUACACUUCUCAUGUUGUUCUGCCACCAGCAUGACAAAGAAAAGAGGCAUUAAUUCGCUAAGCGAUUGGGUCCCGUUUUGUAACUUCCUGUAGAUGACGCGUUCUCCUUGGCGGUGCGCUGUGUCAGCAGUAUUUCCAGCGGAGCUUUAACUGUGUAACCCAGCCCUAAUUUCCAUGGCCUUUUUUGUUUUAAAUUUCAGCCUCUUGCUUCUAUGCAGCUGUUGUGUCUAUGAAUUGUGUCACUCUGUAAUUUAUUUGUUGAAUGGAUGACAUUUCUUGGUGGCUUUUUGAAAUUAAUGUGCAUUGAAGGUUUGUUUCGGUAAGAGCACCGUACUUAGUUUUUUGUGUAUUAUUACAAUUGAAAAAAAAAAGAGAAAGCUGUGUUACUAAUAUACAUAGAGAAACCUCCCGUCUUGCUCAAAGCAUUCAGCAGUAUUGUCUAUAGCUGUUAAAGGGAAAUGUUUUUUUUUAACUAUUUAUAUAUUUUCUUUUUUAUUUUUGCAUUUGCAUUUUAGCUUGCCACAUUUAAGGCAAAUAAAUUUUAUCUUGGAAACAACCAUUUCAGAAAAAAGUAAAUAAUUUAAAGCACAAAUAGACCUAUUUGUCCAGUGAUUUAAGACGAUUUUAAUAAUUAUUUUUAUGGUUUCUGAUAAACAAGCAGAAGGAAAUUUCUACUCCUUCGGCUUUUUAGCCAAAAGAUUAUUAGGAAGGCAUUACUGAUACACACCGGUGGAAAAUUGCGUUUUAAUGUGUGGAUAAUUUGUACAUAUUGUUUACAAAGACCGUGUGUUUAUUAGAACUACGUUAUUUUUGGUAAACUGUACAUAUUCUGAAAUUUUCCUGUUGGUGUGAAAAAGCAUACUUCUGUAUUUGUACCUAUUUUGUAAAGGAAUAAAGACGCUGUUUACUAAACUAA